AAAGAGGUGGACGUGUCCGUGCUCGACAUCCGCGUGGGAACCAUCGUGAAGUGCUGGGAGCACCCCGGCGCGGAUAAGCUCUGGGUCGAGGAGAUCGACGUGGGGGAGGACAAGCCGCGUCAAGUCGUCUCCGGGCUCCGAGCGUUCAAGACGUCGGAGCAGAUGACGAACGCCCGGGUCCUGUGCCUGUGCAACGUCAAGAAGGGACCGCUGCGCGAGCAGAUGAGCGAGGGGAUGGUGAUGUGCGCGAGCAACGAGGACCACACGACGGUGGAUUUCGUGGUACCGCCGGAGGGGGCGUCGAACGGGGAGCGGGUCACCUUCGCCGGAUACGAGGGCGAACCCGUGGAGGUUCUGGUGCCGAAGAAGAAGAUGUUCGAGGCGUGCGCGCCGAAACUGCGGACGAACGCCGAUGGCGUCGCGUGCUACGACGGCGUCCCGUUCAUGA